AGUUCAACGACCACCCACUCCUGCUGACCCUCUCUCUCUGUCUCUCUGAGGUAGAGUUUUUCUUGGAUUCCAAAGCUCUCUGCUCGAACGAGCUACAGAGCCAUUCCUUCCUCUCUCUCUCUCUCUCUCUCUCUCUCUCUCUCUCACCCACAGACAUUUGCCUUUGCUUCCAACAGCCCAAAAGAAAGAGCAGGGUUUUCUCUCUCAUUCACCUCCUGUUGCUCGGAUCUGUCAAGCAACAUUCCCUCCCUCCCCCCCUCCCCUCCAUUAUUGUGUCUCUCUCUGCUUCAACUCCAAGUCAUGAGUAAAGAAGAGAUUUUGAAGAUCCAGACCUGCGUGCUUAAAGUGAACAUUCACUGCGAUGGGUGUAAGCAGAAGAUCAAGAAAAUCUUGCAGAAGAUUGACGGUGUGUUCAAAACCACCAUAGACUCAGAACAGGGCAAAGUGACGGUUUUAGGCAAUGUAGACCCAGCUCUGCUCAUCAAGAAGCUGACAAAAUCUGGAAAACAUGCAGAGAUUUGGGGCGCUCAAAAGCCCAACAACAUUAACAAGAACAACAAUCAGAGCCAUCUCAGCAACCAGCUCAAGAACAUGCAAAUCGACAAUGGCAAAGGUGGUGGUGGCAACAACAAGGCCCAAAAGGGUGGGAACAACAGCAACCAGCCGAAGGGAGGUCAACAUCAACAAGUUCCAAACUUGCAACAGCUCCAGCAGCUCCAACAGAUCAAAGGGUUUCAAGACCUGAAGCUGCCUCAGUUCAAGGACCUGAAGACGCCUUUCAAGGACCAGAGCCAGAAGACGGUGAGGUUCCAUUUGCCUGAGGAUGAUUUGUGUGAUGAUGAUUUUGAUGACUAUGACGAUGACGAUGACGACGACGACGACUAUGAUGAUGAGUUCGAUGAUGCUUGGGAUGAUGCACGCCACCCUCCCAGUAAAAUGAAGCCCAUGAUGGGGAGUGGUCAGGGGCUCCUUGGUCAAAAUUUCAUGCUCAAUGGGAUGAUGAAUGGUAAUCAUCCACAGAUGAUGAACGCGCAGAAGGGAGGGAAUGCUGGUGGAAAUGGAGGGAACAAUGGAUAUAAUGGCAAGAAAGGCAGUGGGGGCGGCGGAGGUGGAGGUGUGGCGUUGCCUGCUCAGAUGAGUAGUGGUGGAAAUGGUGGUAAGAAGGGAAAAGGUGGUGGUGGUGGUGGAGCUGGAAAUCAAUAUCAAGCUGGUGGAGGUGGUGGGAAAAAUGGAGGUGGAGGAUUGCCUCAAGAUGCCAAAGGUGGUAAUAAUGGUGGUAGUGGUGGGGGGUCUCAUAACAAGAGCGGUCAAAAUGGUGGUCAUAAUGUCAACAACAGUAAUGGCAAAAACGGGGGAGGAGGUGGCGGCGACGGCGGAAACUAUGCUGGGUUGAACUCUAUGAACAAUGGUAAUUUCCUCAUGGGGGGACCAAAAGGCAUGGCUAUGGGAAAUGGAAAUUUAGGGCAAAUGGGUGGAAUGAAUAUCCCAACGGGCCAAAUGGGCAAUUUGUCCAUGGGUCAAAUGGGUGGCAUCCCGGCCGUUCAGGGGCUGCCCACUGCCGGAGCCGGCGGCGGCCCUUACUUCCAAGGUGCUUCUGGACAGGGGGUCAUCCCGGGAAACCCGUAUCUCCAACAGCAACAGCAGCAGCUGCAGCAACAGCAGCAACAGCAGCAGCUGCAGCAACAGCAAUACUUAGCUGCUGUGAUGAAUCAACAGCGAGCGAUGGGCAACGAGCGGUUCCAACCCAUGAUGUAUGCCCGGCCACCUCCGGCAGUCAACUACGCCCCUCCGCCUUACCCAUAUCCAUACCCAUACCCACCGCCAGGGGAUCAGUACGCCCACAUCUUCAGUGAUGAGAACACAUCAAGUUGCAAUGUGAUGUGAGAGAGUUCCUGAAAGAAAAGCUCGCAACCCAUGGCGGGCCGUUCUGCGGUUGAUGGUGGACAUCCUUUAGAGUUGGAAGAAUGAGGAUUGUGCACGACGGUGAUGGGUUUGAUCUUGACCGGAAGAAGCUAACUGAAGCUGCUUGUCAGUGGGAUCAUCUUCAUGAGUAGCAUAUGCAGACCUUAUUAUGAUGAAGUUCUAGUGAGCUUGAGAGGACUUGGAAGGUUGUUUUUGUUUGUUCAUAUAAUGUUUAUAUGCUGCGAACAGAAUAAAGAUGGUUUUUGGAGAAGGGGGACUUGGGUGAAAAAGUAACCCCGUCUCUCUCCUAAUCUCUUUCAAAA